AACUUCAGCAGUGUAAAAUACUGUACAUUUAAGAAAACUUAAACUAAAUCAAUUAUUUUUUUUAUAAAAGCAAUUCUUAUUAUAACUAAUAAUGUGACGAAGUGGUCCCUGCUGUGAUGUCUCCAACCAUGUCUCAGAUUAACGAUCCAAAGAUUGCUUUUGCCUACCUGCGCCCAGCCUGUGUGCUGCUCACCAAGGAGCCCACUGUGACUAACGUGGAGACACUCAGAACCCAGUUAAAAGAAAUCCACGAUGCUGCGUUGCAGCAGCUCCAAGAGUAUGUCCUCUUCCCUCUUCGCUUUGUCCUCAAAGUCCCCGGGUCCAAGAAGGAAAAGACAGUGCAGGCUGUGGCCGAGGCAAUGAGCUACAUUCUGGAGAAGACUUGCGUCCAGAGCUGGGACACCCUUCGUGACGUUUUCUCCGAGCUCUGCCUCUGCCUCUGCUCUCCCACAGACCCUGGGAAACCUGCAGACACGACGGAGGAGCUGAAAUUUGCUGUCCUCCGAUGCCUGAAUGCUCUGCUUCACGCCGCUUAUGGGGAUGUAAUUUUCAGACUCUAUGAGCCCGCUAUGCUGCCUGGACUGGGCGCUGCCAUGUCACUGCUGCUGGCUUUAGGGGAGAAGGAUAAAUCCAGAGAUAUACAGGCAGCUGCCUUGAAGUGCCUCCAGACUUUAGUUCUACAUUGUGACUGUACUCAGGAACACGUUCUUCCAUCCUCCGAUGAAAGAUGCUCUGUAGGCAGCACCAUGGCUUCCUUCUUACCAGGGAUCACCACGGGUGUAGCCAGGAUCAUCACAGGAGAUCUGAGGCAGGGCCAUGCUGUGACAGUCAGGGCCAUGAAGGUCCUGGAGUUGGAUGUGAUGGAUGUCCGCGUUGUGGAGGAACGGAGUUACGUUGAUGCCACGGAGGCGAGCUCAGGCUCUCCUGACUCCUACGCUGCUCACGUACAGAGGAAGCAUUUUCUCUACUUCACAGAUGAGAAGAUCUUCUCUGUGCUCAUGGAGGUCUGCAGAACAUUAGGUUAUUAUGGCAACAUCUACCUGCUGACGGAUCACCUGUUGGACUUGUAUCGUCAGUCCUCAGCAUACAGAAAGCAGGCUGCCAUGGUCCUAAAUGAGAUGGUCAGAGGUUCUGUAGGCAUCGCCCUGGCACCUCGGGGUCAGUGUUUGGACAGUGAGAUUGAGGGAGCUUCUGCCUCCCAGGAAGACAUUAAAGCUGUAGUGGUGUCCAUCAUGGAGGAAUACACCAGUCUGACUAACUGGCACUUGAUAACCGUGAGUGAGGAGACCGACAGAGACCACCAGGAUCAGCAGUUGCUGAGCCCUUCCAGACUCCUUUCGAUAUCUAAUAGUGAUUCCAGCAGCAAUCCUGCAAACUCUCUCCAUCUGAUUCCUUCUUCAUCUGCCUCUCCUCCAUCCUCACCGUCGACCUCCACAAUCCAACAGCUCAACAGCAACAUCUGGCAGAUGUGCAUCCAGCUGGAGGGCAUCGCCUGCUUUGCUCAGGCACUAGGAAGGGACUUCCGUCCACUGCUGAUGACCUCACUGUACGCGGUGCUGGAGAAAGCCGGAGAUGAGACGCUGCUGGUCAGCCAGGCAGCACUGAGCUCCAUGAUGGACAUCAGUAAGGCCUGUGGUUACUCCUCCCUGAAGGAGCUGAUCAAUGACAACUCAGAUUACCUGCUCAACGAUGUUUCACUCAACCUGCAGAGGCUCAGUCAGCAUCCUCAGGCUCCGCGGGUGUUGACAGUGAUGUUGAGUCACUCUGACAGCAGCCUCCUGCCUCUGAUCAGGGACGUGGUUCAGGACGUGCUGACGGCUCUGGAUCUCAGCUACAACCACUCGGCAGCUCUUUUCUGUUCGGUCCUGCACRCGCUCGUGAAGGCUCUGGCAAGAUGGUUUCCCUCCUCACGCUGCAGGACUAAUAAAUCUGCCACCUCCAAAACCUCUGUUGAACAGGAAGAUUUCGACAUUCGCCACUUUCUGCUGGAUUACAGGAAACAGAAAGAAUUGGCAGAGGGCGUUGGAAUAGAAGAGGAUGACACAGAGGACCUUGAGGUUCCUCCUCCUGCAGAGAGUGAGGAUGUUGACGACACAGACGGCCCGGAUGUAAAACCAGAACUUCCCUCACACCUCAGCAUUACUAAAGACAUCAUGGAGCGCUGCACUCACCUGCUGUCAGAUCCCAACCUCAGGCUUCGACUGAAGGUGCUGGAUGUGCUGGAGGUGUGUGUUUAUGUGCUGAGCGAGAGGGAAAACGAGCUGCUGCCCAUGGCUCAUCGCUGCUGGCCGGCCCUUCUGCAGAGACUCACAGCUGAUGACCCGUUAGCGAUCCUCAGAGCCUUCAGGGUGCUGUGUACGCUGGGCGAGACGUGCGGCGACUUUCUGAGGAGCAGGGUCUCYAAGGAGGUCCUGCCCAAGCUGUGCUCCUCUCUGGCGCGACAGGCUCCGAUCAGCGCCAAGGCCGGGCCGGUCUACACGCACACCCAGGCCUAUAAACUGCAGCUGGCUGUUCUGCAGGGCCUGGGCUCCCUGUGCCAGAGACUGGAUCUGGGAGAAGCAGACCUUGAUGCUGUUUGUGAAGCCUGCCUGGCCUACCUGAGCUGCCGACAGCCAAUCAGACUGCAGGAGGCUUGUCUCAGCGUUUUCCGACACCUAAUCCAGGUGGAUCCGGACGCCUUCUGGUUUACGCUGAACGAGCUGCACUGCCUGUCCCCCUACGCCCCGCCCCACCCCGACCUCCAGCCCCUCCAGCUGAGCGGGUCGGGCAGACCGAGGGACGAGUUCUCGGAGAACGUGCUGAAACUGCUGAGGGAGGAGUUCGGCCCGGAGGACUCUGUGACAGUUAACGAGUCAGUCAGCUAAACGAGCUGCUGAUUGACGCGACAGGCUCAUCUCUUAAAACUGACGCCAUAUUGAACCACGACUCACUGACUCAGAUCGAUUAACAAGAAAACACAACAACUUUCCUGACCAGCAGCUUCAGGAGYGUCGAUGUAGACGUGAAAAUAAAAAAGGUAAAAGCUUUGCUGAAGGAUGAAAGCUCCUCUCCAUGAACUCGUUUCAUGUUUAACAGGCUUAUAUUAUACAUGCAAAUGUUCUUUUUUUAUGUUAUUUCUUUAUUUUACAAAGAAAUAAAUAAACGCCUGCUAUUUUAAAU